UGAGAUCAAAGAUGGCGGGCGCCUCCGACCCUCUGGAAGAUAUGCUCUUCUCCGAGGUGGACGAAAAAGCAGUUAGUGACUUAGUGGGCUCACUUGAGUCGCAGCUUGUGGGUCAGAGCAACACAGCAGAUUCCCAUACUGAAACUAGGACUGCUGGGUCUACAGGCGCUGCCAAUCACCACUUAGGAAGAAUACAAUCUGCCCAAGUGGCUACUGUACUAGAUCAGCAACAACAACAAGGACAACAUAAAGCUGGGAUAAAUCAAGAGCCAAACUCAAAAGAAAUUAGCUCCGAGAAAACUGUGAUACCGUCUUCUCUCGGUUCCAUUCCACCAUUCGAAGAAGGUUCCAUCACUUCUGGGACUGGAGUGAAUGCCAGUAGCGGCUUGCAAUCACAUGGAGCAUCUAACAUCACAACACUGUCUGCAUCUGAUCUGGUAACUUUACCACAUCCGAUGGACAGCAUCAGUCCUGCUAAUAGAGGUCCUGUCGUUGGUUCAGCAGGGGUAGAAACUAUAACGACAGAGACUGACCCUCGGAAAAAUCACAUCACUUCGAACAUAAGGACUGCUUCUGCAGGAAUACAGAGUUUGAACGGGAACGAUGGAGCGGUGACGUUAGCUAACUGUCCGACAAAUACUGCUGUUCCGGCGGCUGUUGCGGCUUUUCAACCCGGAUCUGGAACUUUAUCGUUGGUUAACAGCGCGAACACAGUUGUUAGCAGUGCCAGUGCAGUCACCGCCAGUCUGAACGUGGUACAGACAGCGAACGCGACCACUUUUAAUGUAGCUCAUACUGAUUUCCAUACAUCGCACGCCGCGAUUAAUCUGGAUGGGCGAGGGACUCCUACAAUAGCCUUGCAAAGACUACCGAGCCACAUCAUGGCUAGCAUCGCACAGAAUGGAAACGGCACUACACUUUCGGCAUUGGUCCAGCAAGGCGCACGACUAGAUCUCCCCGCCGCUGCAGCAGCCCCGCUAGUCAACCACAGCACAAGCGCAGAUGCCAAUAAUCCGAAAUCAGACUCUCCCGUGCAGUCAAAAAUAAUCAGCCAGCCUACCGUUGUGAGUUCAACAACCAAUCCUGUCACGUCGUCAGCUCCUGUUGUUAACCCUCCCUCGAGUCAGCAGCAGAGUUCUGUAGCCAGCUCGUUACCUGCCGCCAGCAGCCCCGUCCCUCUCACGGCUAUAUCGAAACCGACUGUCACUUUAGGGCAACAAACCGCCACUACCGUUGCUAUGAUAAGGCCCGGGACGCCUUCACCGUCACCCGUAAUUUCCACUUCUCCCCAGACCCAACUUCGCCCUGGACUGGGGACUCCUCAGAGAAUUGUUGCACCUCAGCUACUUGUCAGACCCCCACAGCAGCAAACCACCAUACAACUUCCACCCGGAUUUACCAUACCACCGGGCAUGGUGCUGGUGCGCACGGAGAUGGGGCAGCUGGUGAUGGUCCCCCAGCAGGCUCUGGCCCAAGCCCAGGCUCAAGCGCAGGCCCAGAACAGCAUCUCUCCCCGCCCCGCUACCCCCACCACGGCCGCCACGUUCAGAGUGACCACCACUCAGUCUCCCGUGUCCCCGCAGGCCAUCAGGCCGGGCCCUCCCACGCCGGCCAAAAUCGUGCAGUCUGGCUCCCCGGCCAGCAGCCCCGCCCUGCAGGCCCCGCCCGCAGCCCCCGCUAAGGCCGCAGUGCCCGGGGGUCCGGUGGCUGCCACCGUGGCGGUGACGGUGACGGCCUCCCAGCAGCCCUCCCCAGUGACGGCGGGGGCACAGAGCACCCCCCAAGCCCAGCCCCAGACCGUCCUGCCCCCCCAGGGCACGGCAACAGCCAUCGCCACGCCCCCUGUCCCUGGAGCCUCCGUCAUCUCCCAGGAGAUGCAGGAAAACGUGAAGAAGUGCAAGAACUUCCUGGCGACACUCAUCAAACUGGCUUCCCACAACUCGCCUUCUCCAGAGACUUCUCGUAACGUGAAGGCCCUGGUUCAGGACCUGCUGGACGCCAAGAUUGAACCCGAGGAAUUCACCAACCGCCUGCAGUCGGAGCUGAAGUCCUCUCCCCAGCCCUACCUGGUCCCGUUUCUCAAGAAAAGCCUGCCAGCCCUGAGGCUCUCGCUGCUCAACAGCCAGCAGUCGCUGACGCAGCCCCUGCCGCAGGUGAAGCCCGUCCCUGGGGGAACCGCCCCGGGCCUGGUCCCCGGGCCCACGGUCCGCGCGCGGCACCCCAACAGCGUCAGCACCACGGCUCCCGGAGCCCUCCCCGGGCACGGCUCCACCAUGGGCAUCAAGAGAGCAGGUGUUCAGGGCAGCCAGGUCCGAAUGCCCAUAGUGAUCACGCAGACUGUCAGAGGCGCAGUUGGGAAGGGACCAACAAUACAAGCAAGCAGAAGUCCCAUGGGCUUCGCUGUUCAGGUCUCCGCAAAUCAGAAAAACAAGCUGAACGACCCUGGAGGCGGAUCUUUCAGGGAUGACGAUGACAUCAAUGACGUGGCGUCGAUGGCGGGGGUGAACCUGAACGAGGAGAGUGCCCGCAUCCUGGCCACAAACUCAGACCUGGUGGGAACGCAGAUCCGGUCCUGUCGGGACGAGGCCUUCCUACCCAUGGGGCUGCUUCACAAACGCAUCCUGGAGACAGCGAAGAAGUUUGGGGUCACCGAGGUCCCGGUGGAAGCUGUGAACUUGAUCUCGCACGCGACGCAGACGAGGCUACGGACGGUGCUGGAGAAGGUGUCCACAAUCGCACAGCACCGGAUGGAAACGUGCAAAGACGGCGAGUGGCACGAGCAGUCGACGGACGUGCGGUCGCAGCUGAAGUUCUUUGAGCAGCUGGAGAGGAUGGAGAAGCAGAGGAAAGAAGAGCAAGAGAGGGAGAUCUUGAUGAAGGCUGCGAAAAGUCGCUCCAGGCAAGAGGACCCAGAGCAAGCUCGGCUGAAACAGAAAGCUAAGGAGAUGCAGCAGCAGGAGCUGGCUCAGAUGAGGCAGCGGGACGCUAACCUGACGGCGCUGGCUGCUAUCGGGCCUCGGAAGAAACGCAAGCUGGACUCCCCCGGGGCCACAACGUCAGGGACCGAGGUUUCGGGAACCUCCGUGGGCUCGCCGGCGGGCCCCGGGGGCCCCUCCACGUCCUCGCGCCAGUACUCCCGCCACCGCAUCACCCGCGUCAACCUCAGGGACUUCAUCUUCUACAUGGAGCAGGAGAGAGAGACAGCCCGGUCCCUUCUGCUCUACCGGGCCCUGCUCAAGUAGCCUCCCACAGCCCCAACACUGAUCUCUUAUACCCUCUCUCCCCAACACAGAUCUCUUAUACCCUCUCUCCCCAACACUGAUCUCUUAUGCCCUCUCCAACACUGAUCUCUUAUACCUUCUCUCCCAACACUGAUCUCUUAUACCCUCUCCAACACUGAUCUCCUAUACCCUCUCUCCCCAACAUUUCUCUCUUAUACCCUCUCUCCCAACACUUCUCUCUUAUACCCUCUCCAACACUGAUCUCCUAUACCCUCUCUCUCCAACAUUUCUCUCUUAUACCCUCUCUCCCAACACUUCUCUUAUACCCUCUCUCCCCAACACUUCUCUCUUAUACCCUCUCCAACACUGAUCUCUUAUACCUUCUCUCCCCAACAUUUCUCUCUUAUACCCUCUCCCCAUCACUUAUCACUUAUACCCUCUCUCCUCAACACUUUUAUCUUAGCCUCUCUCAGUCCCUUCCUCUCUAUAUUUUCUCUCUUUUGCCCUCUGCUCCGUGUCUAAUCUCCUCCCACCCCCCUUGCUCACUGUCUCACCCCCCCUUUCUCCUCUGCAACGUGCCUUCAGUCGAGUACCAUUGCUUCGGCUCAGUGUCUCUGUUGUGACCUUAACAUCACUUUUUACAAAAGAAAAAGAAAAAAAGAUUGUGUCUCCAAUGUUUUAGCUCCAGAAUAAAAUGCAUCUGUGUAAACGAUAUGUUGGGGAUGUCAAAGAAGGCCAUGUAAAGUGUGGGAUUGAGACUGGGCAGGACUUCAUGAAGGCAGCUGUGUGUUUAAGUGUUGGUGUCCAAGACAGAACUUACACGCAUAGGUUGGGUCGGCCACUACAUUUCACACCACCUUAAUCAGUGGUUUUACUGAAUUAAAAUUCUCAAAGUGAAGGAAAAUGUACUGCAUAAUUGUUUUAAAUUUUUUUUUUCAGAUGCUGUGAUACACGUUUUAGUAAUGCGGGUGUGAUGCGCUCAUACUUUCAGAGUUAGAAGUAUUAAAAAUGAACAAACUUUCAGUUAAUUUCUCAGCAUUUUAAUAUCUGUGUAUUGUUUAAUAAUACAUUACUCAGCAUAACAUGACACACACACACACACUGAGUACAGUUAAAUGUAAAUACUUAACAAAAAAUGGUUUUGAACAGCAUGUAAAAUAUUUUUUAACAGCCUAUUGGAUAAUUUAGCAAGAGUAAUCUUUGAACACCAUUUGUGAAUGUCGAAUUGUUGUUCUGUAAAAUCAGUAAACGUUGAAUUUCCUCAUGGUCAAGAGACACUUUGAUUUAAAUGUACACUUUGUGUUUAUAUGGCAUUUUUUUUCCUGAUACUAUUGAAUGUGUCCAAGAGCUGUCUUGAAACAGUUAUAACUACCAUUCCUACCAUUAGGUGUGGCAACCGAGUACACUUUCUUCUUGUCAGUUGAAGUUGAAGGUCUUCAAAAUAGAUUACUGCGUCAGGAUGGCAAAGAUAUGCUAAGUAUGUUCUUAUUUAACUGCAAUUUUUUACCGCACUUAAAAUGUAUAUUGUGACUGAGGGGCUCCAUAGGUGAACAUCCUUGUCCUUGAAUAGUCACGAUGACAGCGAUGAAGGUGAGGAUGAUGAGGGUAUUAUCAUACAAAGAGCCCAUACUGAAUUUAUGUUAAACUUUGGUCAACUGCAUUUCAUCACGGACCUUAAGGGCAGAACGUAUGUUGAUACAGCAGUCGUGGAGGGAAAAAACAUUGUGUGCAAUGAAGACUUACCGGUUUUACUGAUCUUAGUCUGGAUUUAGUCAGUUGGUGUUUUUAAAUUUUGCCUGUGACUAAACCUAGUUGGCAAUACAAUUUCACCAAGGAGAAGCUAUUAUUUACAUUUCAUUUUUAAUGCAGGCUAAAGGACCGACUGGCUGAAUCCAGGGUCUAGAGUCGACUGGGGAUGGAGUCCUUAGACUUCUCAUAUUGUUCCACCAUCAGCAUGAAAAAGAGGCAUUAAUUCACUCAUACUUGGAUCCCGUUUUAUAACUUCCUGUAGACACGUUCUCAUAGGUGGUGCACUUUGUCAGCUGUGAUUCCAGUGGAGCUUUUACUGUGUAACCCAGCCCUAAUUUCCAUGGCCUUUUUUGUUUCAAAUUUCAGCCUCUUGCUUCUAUGCAGCUGUUGUGUCUAUAACUUGUGUCACUCUGUAAUUUAUUUGUUGAAUGGAUGACAUUUCUUGGUGGCUUUUGAAAUUAAUGUGCAUUGAAGGUUUGUUUUGUUAAGAGCACCGUACUUAGUUUUUUGUGUAUUAUUACAAUUGAAAAAAAGAGAAAGCUGUGUUACUAAUAUACAUACAGAAACUUCCCGUUUUGCUCAAAGCAUUCAGCAGUAUUGUCUAUAGCUGUUUAAGGGAAAUGUUUUUUUAAAAACUAUUUAUAUUUUUUCUUUCUUUUUUUUCUUUUUUCUUUUUGCAUUUGCAUUUUAGCUUGCCACAUUUCAGGCAAAUAAAUUUUAUCUCGGAAACGACCAUUUCAGAAAAAAGGAAAUAAUUUAAAGCACAAAUAGACCUAUUUGUCCAGUGAUUUAAGACAAUUUUAAUAAUUAUUUUUAUGGUUUCUGAUAAACAAGCAGAAGGAAAUUUCUACUCCUUCAGCUUUUUAGCCAAAAGAUUAUUAGGAAGGCAUUACUGAUACACACCGGUGGAAAAUUGUGUUUUAAUGUAUGGAUAAUUUGUACAUAUUGUUUACAAAGACCGUGUGUUUAUUAGAACGUUAUUUUUGGUAAACUGUACAUAUUCUGAAAUUUUCCUGUUGGUGUGAAAAAGCAUACUUCUGUAUUUGUACCUAUUUUGUAAAGGAAUAAAGACGCUGUUUACUAAACAAAGCAUAUAA